CAACAACAACAUAAACAACAUAACCUCACAUGUCCAACCGGUUUUCAUAUCAAUUUACUGUUUGCACUGUUCUAAUUUUUAAUUUUUCGUAUUUCCCUCGCUGUAAUUAGGCAGUGUGAAACAGUUUUAGCUAAAAUUAAUUACUAUACAUCGCGAUCAAGAUGAAAGAAACAGCAAAAUUAGAGCCCAACAUGGUGAAGAAUAGAGAGCUGCUUUACCGACUGAUGAUCAGUCAGCUCUUCUAUGAUGGGCAUCAAAGCUUGGCAGUGGGAUUGUCAGGGCUGGUGGAGACGGACACCCCUUGUCCACCCUCAGACAGGCUCCUGCACAUCAUGAUGAUAGGGCUCCAGCACGAACCUGACAGGCAGAAGAAAGGCGAACCGGUCCCUGGACUCAAUCCAAUCCAGCAAAUCUUGAUCGGCCCCGGAAUCGACUUAGAGUAUGAAACUGACGUGGCUCCAACAGCCCCUGAGCCUGCUUUAUAUGAAACAGCUUAUGUCACCUCGCAUAAAGGUAACUGCCGAGCAGGAGCAUUUAGUUAUGAUGGGCAGUUAGUAGCCACAGGAAGUGCUGAUGCAUCUAUCAAGAUAUUAGAUGUUGACCGAAUGUUGGCAAAGUCUUCUGCAGACGGACUUGAACCUGAAGGACAAGGUCAUCCUGUGAUUCGAACCCUCUAUGAUCACUUGGAGGAGGUCACAGCAUUAGAAUUUCAUCCAACAGCUACUGUCCUAGCAUCAGGUUCUGCAGAUCACACGAUCAAACUAUUUGACUAUGCCAAAGCGUCGGUGAAAAAAGCCCAUCGAACCAUAACGGAUUCGGAAAAAAUUCGUUGCAUGUCAUUUCAUCCAAGCGGAGAUUAUUUGAUCGUCGGAACAGAGCAUCCUGUCUUACGACUUUAUGACUCAAAUACAGGGCAAUGUUUUGUUUGCUGCAUACCAAGCCAUCAGCAUGAAGGAACCAUAACCUCUGUGAAAUGGGCCUUAAAUGGAAAGUAUUUUGCUUCAGCCUGUCGAGACGGUAGCAUUAAAAUUUGGGAUGGUAUUUCAAACAAGUGUGUCAACACAUUUUUAAAAGCUCAUGAUGGUGCUGAAGUCUGUUCUGUUACCUUCUCGAGGAACAGCAAGUAUGUGCUAUCUUCUGGGAAAGACUCAUUGGUCAAGCUGUGGGAACUUUCAACAAGUAGAUGUCUAAUUGCUUACACUGGAGCUGGCACAACGGGCAAGCAAGAGCAUAGAGCGCAAGCUGUCUUUAAUCACACUGAAGACUAUGUAAUGUUCCCUGAUGAAGCUACAACAUCUUUGUGUGUCUGGAAUGCGCGAAACGCUUCUCGACAAAAUCUACUCUCCUUGGGUCAUAACGGUCCAGUACGAUUGAUUGUGCAUUCACCUCAUUCCGCCUCUUUCCUGACUUGCUCUGAUGAUUUCCGUGCUCGAUUUUGGUAUCGGCGGCAACUUCAUGCAGUCUAAUGCGUCCGUUUUCUUCUCUUUUGAUCUCAUCAUUUUCUGCAAGGUAGUCCUGUCAUUUUCAACGUUGCCACAGAACUCAUCUUGACUAAGAAUAUUGAUCAAACGAAAUUUUCAAGUAAUAUUCAGCGGAAUGAAAAACAGAGUUUAUUUUAUAUGAGAAAGGAGCGUACAUUUUAAAUGUUUCAUCAUCUGUCCUAAUCCAUCAACAGAAAAAUCAGCUGUUCAACUGAGGACCGUUUUUAUGUGAUUAUAGUGAUGAAAAAUAGGAAAAUUGAGGGAAAACUGCAUUUGGUUCGUGCAUUUUUGAAUCAUAGGAAUUUAUGCCACAUGAUUAGACAAAAAGUCAGGUGUGGAAUUACUUUCUCAUGGUGCCUAGUUUUCUCCAGUAAAAUAAUUUCACUACCACUCCCUGUAUCAUAUCAAGGAAAUUAGGGGAAAUCAUGGCUUCUGAGCAAUAAAUACUACUCUUGACACUGUAGAAAAAGUCAAGAGUAUGACUACAAAAUUAAAUGUAAAAGAAUAGAUAUUUAGCUGACAACCUUCAUUAUUUUUUAUUCAGGCAAGUGAAGAUAAAAUAACUUUGAUAAUUAUGUUUUAAAGCAGUUCCUUUUUUGUUUCUCCUUAAGACAAAAGGUUUUUCACCAUCAGGUUGUACACUGAGGAAAGUGUGGUCUUACCACAAUAGUACAUAAUAAAAGAUAUGAUGAUUCGGCUUUGACAAGUUUGUUUUAAAAAAAUUACAUACCAGUAACAUUUAAAUAGGGUUUUUUUUUCUUAAGAUAUUUAGAUUUAAAAAAGUCUAUAGAGCAGAAAGUCUUAAUUUGUAUCUACUGGAGUAAUUUUAAAAAUAUCAUCAUCCUCAUAGAAUCAAGUUCAAUUGUAUCUUUUACUCUCAAUCACCAUAAUACGAGGGUCAUCCAAAAAGUAAGGUUCCCUGGCUUGUAUCCUCCAAGCGAAAA